AUGGUGGAUAAUAUUUCUUAUCCUGUGAUGCUGACGCUUAUGGUGCCCAAAGAAUCUAAAUCAUUCAGGCAUAUAUAUUUUACUUGUUUUCUUGCCUUAUAUGUACUUAUACUGUCAAUUAAUUUUCGUCUUGCUUUGGUCAUAAUAAUGGAGAAAGCUCUUCAUGAACCAAUGUACAUCUUCUUGUGCUAUAUGUGUGUAAAUGGGGUAUAUGGAGCCACAGGUUUCUACCCUAAAAUGUUGUCUGAUUUAAUACUGGAUUCAUACGUGAUCAACUCACAAAUGUGUGCUCUACAAACAUAUGUUAUCUACAGCUCUUUACUUUGUGAAUUUACAAUAUUAACAGUGAUGUCUUAUGAUAGAUAUGUAGCCAUAUGCAGACCUUUAGACUAUCAUUCCAAGUUAACUAAACACACCUGUGCUAAAUUAAUUAUUUUAUCAUGGAUUUUACCCAACUGUUUGGGUUUUCCAAAUGUUCUUCUAGCAAACUUGAGGCCAUUUUGCAAAUAUCACAUUGACAAAUUAUAUUGUGACAACUGGUCAAUCGUAAAACUGUCUUGUGCAUCAUCUUUUGUUAACAAUGUCUUUGGAUAUGCCACUACUGUCACAUUUUUUAGCUUUGCAGUUUUAAUCAUAGUAUCCUAUAUUAAACUCAUCGCUGCAUGUAAAACAUCUUUAGAGAAUAGAAAGAAAUUCUGUCAAACAUGUUUGCCACAUAUAUUUGCACUGAUAAAUUUCACUUUUGCUAUGCUUUUUGAUGUCAUGUAUAGUAGAUAUGGUGCAAAUGACAUUCCAGAGAGCCUACGAAAUUUCUUGGCUUUAGAAUUGGUUAUAGUCCCAUCUGUUUUUAAUCCUUUAAUCUAUGGAUUAAAUAUUAAGGCAGUGCGCAAACGAGUUUUUCCUUCAUGUAUUGCACCAAGAAUACAUGCUUCUCAAAACUCUAAGCAUAGAGCUCAAUAA